UACAACAUUGAAAUGCUAUCAGCUUAUUUAUCUACAUAACCUAAUUGGUUAGACGAUAAUAGAACGAUAGUAGAGUGAGGGUAAAAGAGAGAGAGAGGUAAACAACAAAACAAUUGGUUGACCUAAAAGUUGUCGAUGGCUAUGUAAGCAAGGUAAAAAUAUAUUCUGAUCUUCUAAACGGGCUUGGUUUAGGUUUUACAUCCGCGUUUACUCUAUAUAAUGUAAAUGUAAGGAUAUCAUUGUCGUCGAUAAUGGAAUUUAACCCGUUAUAUUUGAAAUACUUGUUCCUUGCACAAUGCUUCUGUGUUUCUCUUGGAAUAAUUGAGGGUGGUGCAAAAUUUCCCAAGGUGAAUCAACCAGUCACUUUUGAAUGUCCUUUUAAAAAUCAAAACUUUAAACACUGGAAAAUUGAUGGAAACAUCAUUAGCGGAACUAAUAAAACUAGAAACUUUGAAGCAAAUGUGCUUCCUAACAAUGUCAGAAUCAUAAACAUCACACUUCUUCAAAAUAUUGAGCAAACAAUUGUUUGUGAAAACACCACUGGUGAGAAGACAAGAUUUCAUGCAAUACCAUUAUUCACCCUGUUGACCUGAUUGUUCCACCACCAUAUCCCCUUUGAUCUGGCAAAAGCUUUGCUCCAACCACAAAUCAUCAUCAUCAUCAUCAUCAUUUCACAUCUGGGUUGGAUAUUUGACAGGCUGGCUUGGCAGAAGAUUGCAUCAGGUUUCACUACCUGUUUUGGCAGGGGUUUUAUGACUGGAUGCCCUUGCUAACACCAACCAACUUAUAGAGUGAACUGAAUGAUUGGAGAAACGAAAGAAAGGGGCACUCAAUGCAUUUGACUAGGAAAACGUAUGUUAGUAUUUAAUAACAGUUUGGUUUGACUCCAAGCAACCUAAAGUUUUGUAGGCUUGUCAUAUGAACCUAGCUCCUCAG